AUGGGAGAUAAAGAAAAGCAACAAAAAAAGAACUGCAUGUCAAUAAACACUCCAGAAUCUUUAGCUUCUUACAAAUCUUCUGCUAACAAAAAUAAGGAGGCGGUCUCAGAUUCGACGCUUGUGGAGUUAAAAGCGUGUUUCAUGGAAGCCUACGAUGACAAUCAAGACGGUAAAAUUGAUAUUCGAGAGCUGGCACAACUUCUUCCAAUGGAGGAAAACUUCCUCUUACUCUUCAGGUUUGACAACCCGCUUGAAUCCAGUGUUGAGUUCAUGAAGAUAUGGCGAGAAUAUGACACUGAUGGAAGUGGAUACAUAGAAGCUGACGAAUUAAAGAACUUUCUUCGCGAUCUAUUAAAAGAGGCGAAAAAAAUCAACGAUGUGUCCGAAGAUAAAUUAAUCGAAUAUACAGAUACAAUGCUCCAAGUUUUCGACUCAAACAAAGAUGGCCGACUACAACUUUCGGAAAUGGCGAAGUUACUUCCAGUGAAAGAAAAUUUUCUCUGCAGACAAGUGUUCAAGGGUGCCACAAAACUGACUAAGGACGACAUCGAAAGAGUAUUUUCUCUGUAUGAUAGGGAUAAUAAUGGUUCUAUAGAAAACGAAGAAUUAAAAGGAUUCCUUAAAGAUCUCUUAGAAUUAGUAAAGAAAGACUACGAUGCGCAAGAUCUGCUAGAAUUUGAAGAGACGAUCCUGCAGGGUGUCGAAUACAGCAGCGAAGGGAAAAUCAGUAGGAAGCAACUGACAAUGAUUCUUUUAGCUUUGGCGAAGCAUAACCAGGAAGAAGAGCCCACUACGCCAUAA